AUGUCGUCAGUUUUCGAUGCUUCUGUAUUAGCUCCUCAUGUUCCUCCGGGUAUGCCUGAAAAUCUCAUAAUUCGUCCCUUGGCGAAGGAUGAUUUCUCGAAAGGCUAUCUGGAUUUACUCGGUCAGCUCACUUCUGUUGGAAAUAUUGACCAAGAAGCAUUUGAAAAGCGGUUUGAGGCCAUGAGAGUUUCUGUUCCGAAUUAUCACAUCGUCGUCAUCGAAAAUACGGAAACUCGGAAAGUUGUUGCAUCAGCAAGCUUGGUUGUGGAAAUGAAGUUCAUUCAUGAUGCGGGGAGCCGUGGUAGAGUGGAAGAUGUCGUCGUGGACAGCGCAAUGCGUCGUCAGAAACUUGGAGCUGUUCUCUUGAAAACAUUAGUUUCGCUUGGAAAGUCACUUGGUGUUUACAAAAUGUCUCUCGAAUGUGUCCCAGAGCUUCUUCCUUUCUAUUCUCAAUUCGGUUUCAAAGAUGACUGUAAUUUCAUGACACAGCGCUUCUGA